AUGCCUUUCUUUCUUUCUUUCUUUCUUUCUUUCUUUCUUUCUUUCUUUCUUUCUUUCUUUUCCCCUUCCUCAUCUCUCUUUCUUUCUUUCUUUCUUUCUUUCUUUCUUUCUUUCUUUCUUUCUUUCUUUCUUUCUUUUCCCCUUCCUUCAUUCCUUUCUUUCUUUCUUUCUUUCUUAAUUCCGUUAAACAGUCAUCUCUCUCUCUCUCUCUUUCUUUCUUUCUUUCUUUCUUUCUUUCUUUCUUUCCCCCCUUUCUCCUUUCCAAACAUUAGAAUAUUGAUUUUGUCUGCGUCGUUUUCAUUCAUUCAUUCAUUCAUUCAUUCAUUCAUCGUUCUUUCUUUGAUUUUUCUUAUAUUUUUUCUUUCUUAUUGCCAGGCUUUUUUUCUUUUUCAUUCAUUCACCCGUUCUUUGAUUUUUUUUCUUAUUGCCAGGUUCUUUCUUUUUCAUUCAUUCAUUCACUCGGUUAUCUAUCUAUCUAUCUAUCUAUCUAUCUAUCUAUCUAUCUAUCUAUCUCAUUAUGUUCAUAACUAUCUAUUUCAGUUUGUUCAUAUCUAUCUGUUUCAGUAUGUUCAUAUCUAUCUAUUUAUUUCAGUAUGUUCAUAUCUAUCUAUCUAUCUAUCUAUCUAUCUAUCUAUCUAUCUAUCUAUCUAUCUAUCUAUCUAUCUCAUUAUGUUCAUAACUAUCUAUUUCAGUUUGUUCAUAUCUAUCUGUUUCAGUAUGUUGUUCAUAUCUAUCUAUUUAUUUCAGUAUGUUCAUAUCUAUCUAUCUAUCUAUCUAUCUAUCUAUCUAUCUAUCUAUCUAUCUAUCUAUCUCAUUAUUAUGUUCAUAUCUAUCUAUCUAUCUAUCUAUCUAUCUAUCUAUCUAUCUAUCUAUCUAUCUGUCCGUCCGUAA